UUCAACAUGGAGGCGGAGGUCGAUAAACUGGAACUGAUGUUCCAGAAAGCUGACUCUGAUCCGGAUUACAUUCAAUACAGGCUGGGAUAUGAAAUCAAGACUAAUCAUCCUGAUACAGCAAGCAAGAAAAAUCCAGUUACACUCUUAAAGGAAUUGUCAGCAAUAAAGUCUGGAUAUCAAACUUUGCAUGCACGCUUUAAACCAAUAGCUGCAGAGCAGAAAGAAACUAAGAACCGCAUUUGUGCUGCUGUCAAUAAGACUAUGACCAUCAUACAAGAACUACAAAAGCAGGGGUCCCUGGGUGGUGCACAAACAGACCUGGAGCUGUCACCACUGACUAAAGAAGAAAAAGCUGCAACAGAGCAAUUAAAAUCUUUCAUGUCAGACUUAUGAAGAAAUUGACUUCAAAUGGGAAUUCCAGUGGAGAAGAGAUUAAUUCCAGAAAGAUUUAAGAAGAUGUCUUGUUAUCACUUGAUUGGGGGAUGGUGAAGAAGAUUUGUCUGGGGUGAUUGGAUAAUGAUGCCUUUCAUAAGAGAGGGACUAUCACAAGGGCAGAUAAUAUAUGAAUAAAGUUUAGCCAAAAGGAUGGAAUGGGAAUAAAGGGAUUUAAAAAUAUAUA